UGAAAGACUUUGCGAUCAAUGAUUUGCCAUUGAUAGAUAGAGAGUUUGUAUUUGUCGCAAAUAUGGUGAAAUCCCUGUCUUUACAUUGGAUUAAAUCCACCUUAUUGAUCAGUGAAAAUAAACAAAGAAUUUAAAUGUCGCUGUACGUACAAUAUGCAUAUUUAUGGUGAACACUCAGUUUUUCACAUGCACUCAACGUGUGGAACUUCAGAAAUGGCAAGCGGGGAUAAGAUUCGUGCAAAACAACAGAGAUGCCUAUUAAAAGGGCACUUGUUUUAACAAUUUAUGAUGUUUAAAUAUUUUCGGUGGAGGAGAUUUUUAAAUUUUACUUUGACGCUGAGACAACAAACUUCAGGAAGCAAAUAACUUUUUAUUUACCAUUAAUUCUACGAAUGAGCACUUUAAAAGUAGAGACGUAAAGAUUACAGAUGAAAGUGUGUAUAUGUUUGCGAGGAUGACUCAGUGUUGAAAUCUGACAACAUACAUUUACAUGUUGACUAAGCAACUUGAAUCGAGUGGAAAGUGCUGUUUAGUGACCAGUUUGUACCAUGUCAAAAAGUAAUUCUGAGGAACUAUCUAAAUCAUAACAGUUUCGUCACAGAUCAAGAAGGAGUCAUUUAAAACAAAAUGUUUUAUCCCGAAGGACAGUGUUUGAGGUAAAAUUCAUUCAAUCAUUCAAAAGAGUUUAUGAGAAAAUAUAAGACUAGAGAGAAGAUUGUAUGAAAAAGAAAAAACUAUGACAUUCAGAAUGAAGAAUUUUAAACUUUUGGAGAAAGCUGCUGGUGAAUUGGUGAAAGCCAUUAGCCUGGGAGACAUUGAGGAGAUUCAGAAGCUACUGAACAAGUACAAAAAAUUACGCCCAGAUAUCAGCACGACCAUCACGACGGACGGCACUACAGCUCUCCACUUCAUAGCAAGAUGGCAUCGACAAACAAUCUUAGAGAUGAUAUUGGAACCGGGAAUCGAAAUCAAUGUACAUGACAAUGAUGGAGCUACUCCGCUGCAAACCGCUUUUCUCCACAACAACCUGGAUACUGCAAAGUAUUUCAUAGAAUAUGGUGCUGAUGUGAAUGAGUCUAGCUCUAUAAAAACUGGUGCUAAAAUCAUUCAUAAAAUGGUGACCACUGGACGGCUAAAUGCAGUGAAUAUCCUUAUAGAAUGUGGGGCUUCAAUAAAUUCUGCCGACAAAAUGGGGCGCACUCCCUUACACCUCGCCAUGAUCAGAAACGACGUGAACAUGGCCAAACUUUUGCUAGAGAAAGGAGCAGAGAUAGAUGUUUGUGACUUAAACGGCAUUAAUUCCCUACAUUUGUCCAUAAUAUACCAACAUCCAGACAUUACUAAACUGCUUAUACAACGGGGGGCUGAUAUUUCCUUCAAAGACAAGUCCGGUAUGCUUCCUCUUCAUUUAUCCGUGUCUGCUGGGUUUUUAGACAUCACCAAACAGAUACUCAAGAAAAGCAAUGCUCACAUCAACACCAAGGAGAGGCUCAUGGGAAGGACACCCUUGCAUCUCUCGUGUGCAAUCAACAACCUGCCCAUCACAAGACUUCUGAUUGAAAACGGUGCCGACAUCAAUUUGACAACAAACUUUCGAAAAUCUCCAUUACACAUUGCUUCCACAAACAGGGCCCCCGAGAUUGUUACGUUAUUAUUAAGAAAUGAAGCCAAUGUGAACAUAAUGAGCAUUGGUAAUAAAACUGCCUUACAUAAUGCAAUAGAGUCCAGCCAGGUCGGUAUCACUUACUCGUUACUACAAUACGGAGCCAAUCUGAAUCUCCGCGAUCUUCAUGGCCAUACGCCUCUUCAUUACGCAGCUAGACUAGGCAGCUCAGACUGUGUCAAUGCUUUGCUUAGGUUUGGUGUGAAUGUGAACAGUUACGAUAAUACCCAGAAAACCGCUCUGCACUUUGCUGUCAUGAACAAUCACCUAGACACAGCCCUCUGCUUGAUUCGCGGAGGAAUUAAUUUUAGUACGAGAGAUGAGGAAAAUAAAACAGCCAUGGAUUAUGAUGAGUCGGGAAGGCUGAAUGAAAUAUUAACCAAAAUGUAUCGAGUCUAGAUCUCAAAAGAUUAUUUCUUCUGGAACACCCCGAAUUCAACUAACCAUUCUUCAGCACAUUUUAUAAACCUGUCACUCCACGUUUCAGCCUGGAUACCUGCAUUUAACAACGUGAGAAAAUGACAUUAGUUUUUUCUUGACCCGUUGGUGUGAUCUUAUCUUUUUUUCCCAUAGGUCUAUGGAAGAUCUAAAUUGAUUGCAAGAGAUUCAAGGGCUAAAAAGAGAUUUAAAUUUCAGACAUUAUACUUUCAAUGUUUAGAGAAAACCCGUCCGUCAAUAAGCCAUAAAAACAAUCAGAAAAUUCCAGCAAUUUCUAAUGUUUAAUGUCAAUUUUUGCUGAAAAAGAAAAAAACUGUUAUUGCCCUUUUAACACCUGGUCAAUAACUCUGUUACAAAGAAAAGUGAUUCUCAGCUGAAAUACAUUCUGUGUUUAGUUUCCUCUCUAUCUAUAUUGAAAUUUAUGUACAUAUACUUUGGGUAGUUAUUAAAAAUGUAAUUGAAACUUCAA